UUUUGCCAGAAGAAGAAGUGCGGACAGUGCGAGUGGGAAAUUUGACGUUGCGGGAAAGUGUCCAUGACCAGACAGAGAGACAAAUCCUGGACUUUAGCCGAUGUUUUGAAACAAUGGAUCGUUACGUUCUGGUUAUUUCAUUCUGCCAAAAUGCUGACCACUCGGUUGACGAAUGUAAAUGUGUGGAGUCUCUGAAAAGCAUCUAUGAUAACCUUCUGGAUAUGUCAGUUCCAGAUUCAGAAGACAAGAGCUCUGUGUUUCCAGCUUGUUCUCUGAGUGGCUGUCCAUCAGCUCCACGAUGGUUCUUUGCUGUACAGGCUUGCCACACAGCAACACAGUUCUGCACCUUAGACUGGGAAGAACUUAAAUCAAGCCAACAGAAAAGUGACAGUGAGGAGGACAAACCUUCUCCUGUGGAGGAAUGCUUGACUUCACUGAGUAGCCAGGCGGCCGCAGACCUAAAGGAUGAGGAGUCCACUCUUACAGAGCUUUUGGAUGAGGCUGCAGAGGGACUGCACCUGUUAUCAGACAAGUUGCCACCUCCAGGUAAAGCCUUAGUGGACGUUCUGUUAUUGGCCUUUGCUGAGCAGACCCCUCCCCUGAAAGAGCUGCUACCUCUGCUGGGAGCCCUCAAACACAUGUCCUGCUGGCAUGCAGCAAAGAUCACUCUGAUCACACAGAACACCUCCAGAUGGCAGAAGGUGGCUUCUUCUCUGAGCGCUGGUCUACUGGGACCUGCUGACCUGUUCAGCUGUAUUGACCACAGAGAAAUGUGGAGAGGAAGCGUGGUUAUCAGAGAGAAGAAGUGUGGAUCCGAACUCCGCUUUGACGGCUUCUCCCUGCGCCUUCCCGAGCUUCAGAAAGCAGAGUGUAAUCUCUUGCUGGCUCCCUGCGCCUCCACUGAUCAGAGACUGCACUCGGAGGUUUUCCAUUACUAUGCUUCCUCUUUGGACUUGAUUCAGAUAGUUCAUCUGUCAGACCUGCCAAGCUUUCUGAUGUCAAGCACGCAGUUGGAACUAUGCCUGCUGGGUAAAUCAAUGAAAGCUAAACUUCUGAUGGAGCAGCUGAGGUCACUGCGCGGAAAGGUAGGAGCUUUGUUCAGUUUGUCUUGCAGAAUCACUCCCAUCACUCAGCCUGCCGCCAGUCAGCUCAGUUCCCAGCGCUGGAAAGAGUCUCUCGCUAAAGGACAAAAGUCUUUACUCGUUCCUGACAUGGAGACUAAGGGUGAAAGCGCUGCCUACUUCCUGCUGGUCCAAGGUUCAGACGAUGACGAGUCCGGAGUCUGUAGGGUCAGGAUGAUGCACUCAACCAGUCAGAUUAAUGGAGUGGCUGCUAUGGCAACCGUCUCUGGCCUUCUCAGAGAGAAACCUCCAUCAGCAGAAGUAAGUGCUGGUGCCGUCCUUCAUCUUCUGCCAUGCCUUCAAGGGGACGGUCUCCUCCAGAGGGAAAGGAAGCUGGCCCGCGUUCAGACGCUGGCGCUCAAAGAGUAUUUUAAAGGGAAAGAGGAAGCUUCAGCCUCCAGCCCCGUAUCUGUCAGUGACUUAAAGACCUUUCUGAACCUGGUCAGAGAGCAGUAUCUGAAGGUCUUGGACUCCACUCUGCCGAAGACGGCCAGCUGUCUGACAAAGGAGCUCACUGCAGAACAAUCAGGUUGUCAGACUGUUACCCAUCAGCUCACUGACUGGCCUGAGAAGAGCGUCCUGCAGAACAUAGAAAGCCUGCAGAAGAGACGACAGAAGAGAAAGUUCGAUAUGUUCGGUUCUGGCUCCAGUGACAGCCUGCUGGGUCCUAAAGACAGUCAGAGAAGCUCCUCUGCUUUACUGGACGCUAAAGAACUUUUGAAGUACUUCACAGCUGAUGGCCUGCCCUGUGGGGAUUUACAGCCCCUGACUAUCAAUAGAGGCAAUAAAGUCUUUCAGCUCUCACCAGACCUCUCGCCUGGAAGAGUUAGCCGGAUGCCCUUUAGCAAAGCCUCAACCUCUCAUUACCACGGCCUCGAGUUCUGCCUGGAUAACCAGCGCUCUCUGGACCGGGAUCAGGUUUUUGCUCGGCUUCAGUCCCGCCUGAUACGCUACGAGACUCAGACCACCUGCUCCAAGGAGCCCUGCGCCCUGCCAUUCGCUCUUAGCCCCGCCCCCUCACCUGCAUUGAUCUCAGAACCGGGAAGCGUGCCCGAUGGGGAGGCUCUGCUGAACUCUGACGUAGCCCGGCUCAAACGCAGAUCCUGGGAAGCAGACAUGGCGGGUGGCCCUGCCCGAAGAAAGCUGGUGAAGUCUGAGAGCAGCGACUCCUUCUGCUCUCAGAGCAGCAACAGCAGCGGCGUUCAUCCCACCGUUAGGACUCUGCGACAUCAACCGAGCCGAUCCCAGUCCACCUCCACCACCUCCUCUGUCUGCACCCCUGCAGGCUCAAGACGCACCACAGUGUCUGUCUCGGCUCCUGAUGGACUGAAAGUGCAACAGCAGAAGACGAGUCAAGGAAACUCGGAGGACAAACGUGCCAAAGAGUCACGCUCACAGAAACACAACAGGAUGUUGGAGGAGGUUGUAGGUAAAACACUCAAACACCAUGGGAUCAGUGUGGAGCAUGAGUGCUAUGAGGCCUGCAGCAAAAGGUUGUUUGAAAUCUCCAAGUUCUAUCUAAAGGAUCUGAAGACGUCUCGGGGUCUUUACGAUGAGAUGAAGAAGGCCGCCAGCAGCAACGUCAAACAGGUCAUUGACUGGGUGCUGGAGAAGACCUCAAAGAAUGGAAGAUGAUCAGGACUGAAGCAAAGAGCGGAAUGCCUUCCUGUUUUCCUCUUUUGAUGUAUUUGUAGAGGUUUAGCCUCAAAGAGCAUCUUCUGUUACAUUUUAACACUUUGAUUAGCGUUUGAUGUUUUAAGCCUCUCUGAUUGGUUUUAAAUUGUUGAUUAAGCCUAUUUUAAUUAACUUAAUCCUUUAUUUGAUUUGUUUCUCUUCAUUUUUACUGAAGAUUACAUAGAAACAGAUCUUUUUAAGCUUGUGUGAGGUUGUGAGCUCGUUCCUGCGGGUGUGAACACACACCAGGUUGGCUGUAGAGCCUUGAAACAGGAAGAUUGCAGCACAUCUCCUCACAGAACUACAGGCUGACCGCAGGGAAUUUGAUUUUAUCUCCAGGUUUCCUUUAUUUGCAGCAGUUUCCUCGCAUCAUUUUAAUUUUUUUUUACUUUGAAAUGCAUCUAUUUUGGUUUGAUUUCUUAUGUGUAAAUAUUAUCUGUCUACUCAUUUUAACAGAAUAAAUACAUCUGAUUUCAUUU